ACGUUACAGAGAAUAGGCAUUUUAGUCUUUUCGUGGCGAAAAAUCGAAAACACAAUUUAAUUGUCGCCGAUUGCAUGGUUAUAAUUCCACAGAGUUCUAAGAAAUAUGGAUCCCGUUGUUCUCAAACAUAGACGCACUACUUUGGAAAGGGCUGAAAAGUUUAUCUCAACAAGAUACUUCACUGAUGUUAACCUAACUAGCAGACUUUAUCCUAAGAAGGCUCCUGUUAAAUCUAUAAAGCACUGGGCAGCUCCACGUGACAGAUACACUCCAUAUAAGGAAGCUGUAAAACAAAAAUACAAGGAGGUUAAAGUUGGACAGUCCUUUGGACCAACAUGGGCCACACACUGGUUCAGUGUAUUGGUUACAGUACCAGCGGAGUGGGUUGGGGAGGAAGUUAGACUGACAUGGGACUCCAGCUCGGAGGCCCUUGUGUGGGUAGACGGAGAACCAAGGCAGGGUUUGUGCAAGGAAUAUGAGCGGUUUGAUUUCCUGCUUACAGAGAAGUUAACAAAAGAUCAUUUGAGUUUCGCAGUGUAUGUAGAGAUGGCAUGUAAUGGCAUGUUUGGUGCAGGGACAGACACCAUGAUAUCCCCUCCCAAUCUCGAUAAACAGUUUACAUUGAGUACUUGUGAGGUGGCCGUGUUUAACCGUAAGGCAUACAACCUUCUGAGAGAGAUUGAAUUUCUACAUGAUAUGGCUAAACAUUUACCGGAAGGGAGUGAAAGAGGUUACCAGGCACUGUAUACAGUCAAUGAAAUGGUCAAUGCCUGUGAUGUGAAUGAUGCUGACUCUUACAAAAGGUGUCACCAGAUUGCAAACAGAUUUCUAGGCCAGAAGAAUGGAGAUAGUCAACACACUACAUAUGCAAUGGGUCAUGCUCAUAUUGAUACAGCUUGGUUAUGGCCAUACAGUGAAACAAUUAGGAAAUGUGCCCGUAGUUGGUCCUGCACUAUACGUCUGAUGGAAAAAUAUCCCAAUUUUACAUUCACAUGUUCGCAGGCUCAGCAGUAUGAAUGGGUGAAAGAGAGGUACCCGAGCUUGUACGCGGACAUGAAGAAAUACAUCACAGAAGGAAGAUUUAUACCUGUUGGUGGCACUUGGGUAGAAAUGGAUGGCUUGAUUCCGAGUGGCGAGGCUUUCAUCAGACAGUUCCUGUAUGGUCAGUUAUUUUUCAAGAAAGAAUUUGGUAAAACUUGCAAAGAAUUUUGGUUGCCGGAUACAUUUGGCUACUCGGGUCAGUUGCCACAGAUCAUGAGGCAUUGUGGGAUUACCAGGUUUCUUACACAGAAAAUGAGCUGGAAUCUAGUUAACAAGUUUCCACAUCAUACAUUCUGGUGGGAAGGGAUUGACGAAAGUAGAAUUCUAGCGCAUUUUCCACCUGGAGAUCGCUACAGGUUAGAGGGUAGAGUCGAAGAGAUUUUGAGAACAGCAAACAAUUUCAAGGACAAAGGACGGUCAGACAAGACUGCUUUUCUAUUUGGGUUUGGUGAUGGUGGAAAUGGACCAUCGGAAGACAUGAUUGAGAGACUGAAAAGAAUGGAAAAUGUCGAUGGACUCCCAAAAGUAAAGAUGAGUACACCUGAUGAGUUCUUCAGUGAUAUAGAGUCUGAGGAUGGAGGGAAGUUGUGCCGCUGGGCAGGGGAACUGUAUCUGGAGUUACACAAUGGUACAUACACUACUCAUGCUAGGGUGAAGAAGAUGAACAGAAAAUGUGAAUUCUUGCUGCAUGAUGCUGAGUUUCUGAGUAGCAUUGCUAUGGUAACACAUGCUAAGGAUGAAGUAUAUCCUCAUGAGGAGUUAAUACGACUGUGGAAGCUGCUCCUGUUGAACCAAUUCCAUGAUGUACUUCCAGGUUCCUCCAUUGGCAUGGUGUAUGAAGAUGCACACAAGUAUUACAAUGACAUAAUGCAGUCAGGGACCAAACUGUGCACUCUGGCUUCCCAACAUGCAUUAGCAAAAUCACUGGUGACAGCAGAUGCAAAAUCAAGUGGCAAGCAGAAAUGUCAUCUGGUCUGGAAUAGCCAGUCAUGGGAAAGGUCAGCGGUUGUUGCAGUAGAAAGUACUGAAGAUGAUGUUGUUGCUUCGGGUAAAAAACCUAGCAAAAAGAGGAAAAUUGAAACCAUGGCAACUGAUGAUGUUUGUCAAACAGGUUCUGAUGGCAAUAAAUUAUACUAUGUGACUGUUCCAAGUUAUGGUUAUGGUGCCCUUAAAAAUGAGAAAAUCAUAUCACCUGUUGAAAUAAAACUCGAGGAUGAUGGUCUUGUAGUAAUGAAGAAUGAAUGUCUGGAAGCACAUAUAGACAUGGCUGGGCGUGUGAGGAAAAUGUUUGUGCAGGGAUCUACUAGGAAUGCAAUAUCAGCAGACUUUCCAGCCAACCAAUUCAUUAUGCAUGAUGAUAUACCUCUGUACUGGGAUGCCUGGGACAUCAUGGAUUAUCACCUUGAAACUAGGAAACCAGUGGAAGUUGUUAUGUCAGAAGCAAAAAUUGUAGAGGAAGGACCACUACGAGCUGCUGUUAAGGUACAGUUGAAGAUCAGUGAGAAAAGUCGUAUAGAUCAAGUCAUCACACUCGAUGUAGGAAGUCCUUAUCUCAAAUUUUCAACAAAGGUUGAAUGGAAUGAGAACAGGAAGCUACUAAAGGUAGAAUUUCCAACUAGCAUUCAUACCAGGGAGGCUGCAUAUGACAUUCAGUGUGGACAUAUCAAACGACCAAACCAUCUGAAUACAUCCUGGGAUACAGCUAGGUUUGAGGUGUGUGGACAUAAGUGGUCAGAUUUGUCCGAGUUUGGGUUUGGUGUGGCUGUCCUCAAUGAUUGCAAGUAUGGGCACUCGGCUGUAGACAAUAUACUCCGUAUGUCCUUGUUACGUUCCUCUAAAUGUCCUGACAAAAUGGCAGAUAUGGAGACGCACGAGUUCACAUACGCUCUGAUGCCCCAUUUAGGUACACUUCAGGAGGCUGGUGUAAUCAAACAUUCCUACUGCCUUAACAACCCACUGUCUCUACAGUAUCAGGAGUGCAAUACAGGUGCUGUAAAGUCCACUAGCUUCUUCAGCAUGGCUUCCCCACAAGUUGUUCUAGAAAAUGUCAAAAAGAGUGAGGAUGGAGACAGAGGUUCACUAAUCCUGAGGCUGUAUGAAUCAUUUGGAGGAGCUUGCAGUACCUACCUGUCUACUACUAUACCAUUCCAGAGUGUGACUGUUGUCAGUGGACUAGAAGAUAAGCAGGAAAAUGACUGCAACCUGCGCAUACAGAAUGAUAAAAUACACUUCACCAUCAAGCCUUUCCAGAUACUGUCUCUUAGACUAUACCCACACUUAGAUACAACUGUUGCUUCAGCUGGUGUAAAGAAGUGAGGAAAAUGAUCACAGGACUAGAGAUGGCUUUGACUUAUAAUGUGCAUUCUGUCAUUUAGCCUUAACAACAUUAUCAUACUGAAUUUUUGUGAUAUUCAUGAUUCUUUAUUAUAUAUAUAUUUUCUACAUUUUUUUUUAUAAUUAUCUUCAAGGAAUAUUUUGAGUUUUCCUUUCUCAGACUGGAGCCAAAAUGCUACUCUAAUAAGCUCAUUUCUAGUGUUCAUUUGUACUGGCUUUUAUGUCUUUGCAAUACACCUCAGUCUUUCUUCACAGAGCUGCUUAUUUCCAUAAGCCUUACAUCCAAUUGCUUCCAGGUGAACAUCACAGUUUCAAUUUUUCAAAAACAGGAAGUAGAUAUUUUAUUGUAUACUUUAUAUUGUGCAGCUAAAUUACUUAGACUUGGUAUAAAUUUCAUGUACAUGUGACUAACACAUUUGAGAUAUUUCUAAACAUAUUUUUGACUAAAAUAGUGGUUGGUAAAUUGAAAACAUUCCUAGAAUAUGGAAACUCUUAAUAAACAUUGUUUUUUUUACUCUUUUAAUAACUACUAACUAUAACUUACGAAAACAUUUUCGAAAUUUUAAGAUUUAGGUGUAAAUUUGGAGGUGUGCAGCUUUAAUAUAUUCAACAUACUUUAAAUGCACAAAAUUGAUUGAAACUUAAACUGAGGGUUCAUGGAUUUCUAUCAUAUUUUAUCAUUGUACCCCCGAACAACGAAGUUGUAAGGGGGGGUAUACUGGUUUCAUGUUGUCUGUCUGUCCGUCUGUAGACACAGUCUUGUGCGCACCAUCUCUCCUCAUCCCCUUGACACAAUUUAAUGAAACUUCAAACAAGUUAUCAGUAACAACAGUAGUUGUGCAUGGUGCAUGUUAUGUUCUUUCAGAAAAAAAAACUUUGCAGAGAUACGGGACUUUGUUUUUUGUUACUUUACUAUAUACAUAGAAUCUGCAUAUGCAAUUUUGUGCGCGCUAAAUCUUCACAUAAGCGAUCAGUAGUAACCCUAGUUGUGCAUGGUGCAUGUUAGAUUCUUUCAGAAAAAAAAUCUGCACAGUUAUGGGACUUUGUUUUUUGUUUAUAUACUAUAUACAUACAGUCUGCAUAUGCAGUCUUGUGCACGCCUAAUCUCCUGAACCCUUGCACAUAAUUUAAUGUAACUUCACACAAGUGAUCAGUACCAACCCUAGUUGUGCAUGAUGCAUAUUACUUCCUUUUAGAUACAUAUUCUGCAGAGUUAUGGGACUUUGUUUUUUGUUAUUAUACUAUAAACAUAGUCUGCAUAUGCAAUCUUGUGCACACCUAAUCUCCAAAACCAUUGCACACAAUUUAAUGAAACUUUACACAAGUGAUCAGUACCAACCUUACUUGUGCAUGGUGCAUGUUAAGUUCUUUCAGACAGAAAUAUUCUGCAGUUAUGGGACUUUGAUUUUUGUUACUAUAUUAUAUACAUAGAGUCUAUACAUACAGUCCACAUAAUUAUGCAAUCUUGUGUGCGUCAAAUUGCAAUGUACAGUGUCAGUGCAUGGGGGGUGGGGUUGCAUUCAUCACCUUCAGUGAUAGCUGUAGUUUAGCUCUGUGUUGCCUUAUCCUGAGGGGGUACUCAGUGCGAAAAAAGAGUUUUACUAACUAUCGUUUUUCAUCACACAUCUUAUGACACAAGGGACAUAACUGUCACACCAAUAUCAUGAAAUAUGCCCUUGUUAGAAUUUCAGGUUACGGUUUUGGUGCUCUUUUACUUUAUCUAUGUUAUUACCAAAAAGAUUUGACCGAAAUUUAAAUUUAUUUUUCAACAUCAUUACCCGCAUCAUAAAAUAAAAUAAUACAUAACUCUAGUAGCAAUAUUUCAUGAGAUAUGCCUCCUUUUCAGUUAGAAUUUCAGGUUGAAAUUUAAUCAGUUUGUUUGCAAGCACUUCUUUAUGUUAUGAAGAAAUAUUUCAGAACAUUUUCAAAGUACAGUCUUGCUAUUUCUAAUCAGACUUCUAUAAAUGACUAUUUUCUUAGAAAAUCAUAUAUAGGUGCCUUCAAGCUUGUUAUUUCUAGAUGCGAACUUCAGUUUUUGUGGAGCCCCCUUGCGGAAGUGAAGACAUAGUCGUCCAGAUGGCUGUUCGGUGUAUGUGCCUGCAUCCGUCCGGAUUUGUUUGUCGGGACCAUAACUUUGACAUGCAUGGAGCAAUCUUGGAUAUAUUUGGCAUGAAUGUUAACCUCAGUGAGACAGAGUGUCGUGUACAAACCACAGUUUCCUGUCUCAAAGGUCAAGAUCAGAGGUCAAAGGUCAUGUCAGAUCUUGUCCGCCCAUAGCUUUGACAUGCAUUGAGGAACCUUGUUUACAUUUAGCAUGGAUGUUUAACUCAGUGAGACAGAGUGUCAUGUGCAAACCCCAGGUUCCUUUCUCAAAGGUCAAGGCUACAGGGGUCAAAGGGCGUGAUCAACAUGUUGCCGGUGGGCAUCUAGUUUAUAUUAAUUGUUCCUAAUUAAAUUCAACUCCAGACAAUAUGUCUUUGUUAUAUGCUCACAUUAUCAUUGUACUAGGGUUAACAUACAUGUACAAACAUUUUAAGCCUUUUUGUUUCAUAUUUCUUGCUUUAGAAAUUGAAUAUAUCAACAAUUUCUAUAUUUGCCUACCAGGUAUAAAUUUAUUUGUGCCUUUUGUAAUUUUGUCCUCUGAACUAUUUACUGUUCAUCUAUUUAGGAACAGAUACACCUUUUUUGAACAGUUCCUGUCUCAUGUGUUUUAAAUAUGUAUAUUUAUAAAGUCUUACCUUUAUACUUAAGUGAAGAGAACUAUUUUGAUUUACAAAUUUCAUGUAUACAAUUGAUAUCUGUGAUAUACGGUUUUAUUCAAAACUGAGAUCACUAUUUGUAUUUUCAGAAUACCCAUUUCCUUAAAUUCCAUCUGUCAUUCAUCAGGUUAUUAUGUUUUAUUUUUAGCUCGACUAUUCAUAGAAUAGUGAGCUAUUGCACUCGCCCAUGCGUCGGCGUCCGCGUCCGCGUCCCGAUUUUGGUUAAGGUUUUGUAUGUAAGCUGGUAUCUCAGUAACCACUUGUGGGAAUGGAUUGAAACUUCACACACUUAUUCACUGUGACAAACUGACUUACAUUGCACAGGUUCCAUAACUCUACUUUGCUUUUUAACAAAAUUAUGCCCCUUUUUCGACUUAGAAAUUUUUGGUUAAGGUUUUGUAUGUAAGCUGGUAACUCAGUAACUACUUGUGGGAAUGGAUUGAAACUUCACACACUUAUUCACUGUGAUGAACUGAUCUACAUUGCACAGGUUCCAUAACUCUAUUUUGCUUUUUUACAAAAUUAUGCCCCUUUUUCGACUUAGAAAUUUUUGGUUAAGGUUUUGUAUGUAAGCUGGUAUCUCAGUACUUACUAAUGGGAAUGGAUUGAAACUUCACAUACUUGUUCACUAUCAUGUUCUGACAUGCACUAAGCAAGUCCCAUAACUCUACUCUCUUUUUUUUCAAAAUUAUGCCCCUUUUUCGACUUAGCAGUUUUUGGUUAAAUUUUUGUAUGUAAACUGAUAUCUCAGUAUCCACUAAUUGGAAUGGAUUGAAACUUCACACACUUGUUCACUGUCAUGAUCUAACAUGCACUGUGAAGGUCCCAUAACUCUACUUGGCAUUUUUACAAAAUUAUGCCCCUUUGACUUAGCAGUUUUUUGUUAAGUUUUUGUAUGUAAGCUGGUAUCUCAGUAUCCACAAAUUGGAAAGGAUUGAAACUUCACACACUUGUUCACUGUCAUGAUAUGACAUGCAGUACAGAGGUUCAAUACCUCUACUUUGCAUUUUACAAAAUUAUGCCCCUUUUUCAACUUUUGUAUUCAUUCAAUUGACAAGGCUGUUGAAUAGUCGAGCGUUGCUGUCCUCCGACAGCUCUUGUUUUUUUUAAAAUAUAUUAUAAUACUGGUGAAAUUAUACAUAAUUCUACAGAUGGUAAUAGGAACUGGUCAUUUUGAAUUUAUUAACAAAACUGUUAUUUUAAUUAUAUUUUCUGACUAUUUGGGUAAUCAAAAAGUAGUGGUGUUAGUUUAUUUGUGUUUUUGGUUGUUGUUUUUAUAUGAAAAUAUUUUGUACUUUAAUUCUAUACCAAUAAAAUACUAUCCCAGUGUAGAA